AGAAGAUCGCAGCUUCCUCUUCUCAAAACCCUGCCGAAGAAAAAGAACUUAGCAACGAACUCGCUCCUGCUGAUACAGCUAUCUAUCUAGCUCAAUGGAAGCUGGGAGUACCACUGCAACUAACAGGCUUUCAAAGGCAUUUGUGGCUGAGAACAAUACUAACAAACUUGUUAAGUCUUCAAAACGAGCUAGUUUAUCUAAGGGAAGGAAAAAGGCAGGAGUUCUACAAGAUAAAUCCUUCAAAAAGGACUUGGAUAGAAUGAGAAUAUCCAGGAGUGGUUCUGAAAAUGUAGCAUUUGACAAUAGUGUCAGAGAAUACGGAUUGGAAUCCAUAGUGGACACCUCGAAUGCACCCCUUCAUACAAAUCCCGUCAUAUUAGUUGGACAUGAAGAGGAUAGAGAUGGACAAUUUAAUGAUCAGGAUGUAGAAGAAAAACCCAAAAUCAACACCUUCCGUCUAAAUGAACCAGCCAAGAUACCGGGAAUUCCUCAACAGGAAAGAUAUCUAGACUUGAAAGCCAGGGUAAAGGAAUUGAGGAAAGAGAAUCACAGGCUUUACCGCCAGUUGCAGGGUGAGGCGGAGUUUUCAUUGCAGCUUAAAGAAGAAAACCGGAUUCUAUUGGUCUGCCAUCUUAUGCCGGCUUUCUUUUCCUACUGUGUUAUCGCAACUACAUUAAUUUUCAGCUACACUUGUUUGACUAGACAACCUCUACAUGAUUGGGCAAUCUUUCAGAGUCGGUUUUCAACAUAGCUGAUGAGCUGAAGCGGAAAUGCGGACCAGAUAUCAUCAGUUCCCUUGAGGCCGAAAACCCAGAUCAAACCGCUCAAUCUACUGAUAGUUAAAGCUACUUGCGAGAGCUGAGGAACGGAAGUUAUUGCGACUUUUCUUCCUAAAAUGACGUAUAGAACGAAAUUUUCAGGCAGAUAAUAGAACUAGUUUAGACUGGGGUGGUCUGCGUAGGUGUUCAUGUAUCAAUGGUUCCAUAGGCAAGAAGGUAAUGCUCAUCUUUAGUUUGCUUGUAGAGUAGGUAGGUUUGAGUUGCUUUUGAUUACUUUGUUUUUUCAUUUUUGAUUCCCAUCACAAAAUUUAGUUUGAUUAUUUGCAUUAAUUGUGUGAUUGGUCAAUAAGUCAAUAGAUAUCAUGUUAU